AAAAAACUUUAGGGUUUUUUUCACAUCUCUCUCUCUCUCUCUCUGUGAUAAGGUAUCAUAUAAUAAUAAUAAUUAUUAUAUAAGAUGGGGAGGCAACCGUGUUGUGACAAGCUAGGGGUGAAGAAGGGGCCGUGGACGGCGGAGGAAGACAAGAAGCUCAUAAACUUCAUAGUGGCGAACGGCCAAUGUUGCUGGAGGGCGGUGCCUAAGCUCGCCGGCCUCCGCCGCUGCGGCAAGAGCUGCCGUCUCCGAUGGACUAACUACCUCCGACCCGACCUCAAGAGAGGCCUUCUCUCCGACUCCGAGGAACAGCUCGUUAUCGACCUUCAUGCUCAUCUUGGCAACAGGUGGUCCAAGAUUGCUGCGAGGUUGCCCGGAAGAACGGAUAAUGAGAUAAAAAAUCACUGGAACACCCAUAUCAAGAAGAAACUUCUAAGGAUGGGAAUCGAUCCAGUGACCCAUCAGCCUCUAACCAAGGAGCCUAACGAUCAAAAUAAUAUCGAUAAUCCUGAGAUUAUUGCUACACAAAAUCCUGAUGAAAAUCUCUCAGAACCAAAUACAGGUCACGCCCAAAGCGUAGAGACCAACGUCUCGGCCGAAAAUACCAGCGACCAGAAUAGCUUAACCGACGAUUCUCAACUAUUUGGGUCCAUCAACAAUGACGAAGAUCUGUUUAAUAGCCUUUGGACCGACGAACCUCUUUGGGGGGAUACGUCGUGGACGAACAAUAACGUUGGACUUAGUGGAGAAGACGCCGGGAGAGACAAUAUCUCCGGCGAAAACAUGGUGUCCGUGGGAGAUUUUCCGGCAUGGUCGCAGGAGGAAAUGGUCAGCGAAAAUUGGACGUUUUGGGAUUAUUGCCAAGAUUUCGGGGUUCAAGAUUUUGGAUUCGGAUGUUUCCACGGUAUUGGAGUGAGUUCCAUUGGGAUGAAUGACAAGCAUUAGCGAGCAACAUGCACACGUAUGGCGCAUAAGCAUAUACAUGUCACAUGUGUGUAUAUAUAUAUGUUUAUAUAGGUGUAGACACAUUAAAAACUAUGUAACACAAGCAUCAUAUAUAUUAUCACUGUAACAUUAAAACUGUGUGUGAAGAUCAUGUAAAGCAUCAAUGGUGCACCAUGGUGUAGUUUGGUUUUUCACUAGAGUAAGUUCAUACGUUUCCUUUUUCUUUCU